CUGACGUGAGAAACUCGCAGUAGCUCCCGGUACUUUACCUCGAUAACUCGUUUUAACAACUAAAAACAACCAACUUUACUGUUGAAGUGAAGAUCUAGUGGAUCCAGUGUGCCGCCGUAAAUAGUCAGCGUUUGUUGUUGUAUUUUUCUUUUAAGUGAAAGCAUUACUCUUUAGUUGAACGGAAUUGCGUUGUUUUACUUUAGCUGUGCAGUGCGCUACAUAAUAUAAGAUAAAACGCAGCAGUGAUGAUGGUCUUUGCUAAUUUCAUUGAGUGACAAAUUUUAAAAAUUGCAUAUCACGAGAUUAAAGUAUUUAGCAAAAUUGAUAUUGUGCAAGCUGCAUUAUUUCCUGCUCACAGUAAAAUCUAAUAUGGCCUAUCAAAUUCGAGGUUUCAUUGUUUUUAUUAUACUCGUCAGUGUGUGUUCAAAACAAAUCAAAGGAUCCUGCCUGAGCUACGGACAUUCAUGCUGGGGAGCUCAUGGCAAACGCGCGGGCCAACCGGGGCAUAUGGCUUCCAGUGAUGUGCCGGGAGCUGUACAAUUUCAACCACAGCAGCAGCUGGACCAAUCUCACCCACUCCCAGCUGCUUUAAAUGGCGCGGAACGAUGGGCUUUGAUAAGAGUUUUGCCAGAAAAGAAUGCAUACUACCCUUUUAACAAGAUCAUAUACCCAUCACCAGCUAUGGAAUCAUCUACGUAUGUAUACAGCGACGGUUUAGGCUCAUUUGAAUCGGAUUCCUUGAGGAUUGGUUCAGAGUCACCCAGCAGUGCAGAAGGAAAAUUAGCGGAUAAUAGCAAUGAUUUGAGAUCCCUUGUAUCAACGGAACAAAAUGUACCACCUGAAGAUGAGCAACUUCUAACGGCAGUUGCCGUCCCUAAUAUACUGCGUAAAGAUCACCACCACAAUAAAAAGACGCAAUCUAUUGCUGCAAAUCAUCGAUAUACUAGUUCAGAUAAUGGCUUCGAAGACAAUGCGAACAUUGCUCGAUUUUUACCAAAUUAUAACGACGUGAGUCAAAUAUUGCUAACUAAUGCAGCCGUAGCAGCUGCGGCAAGGUUGUCAGACAAUGAUGCAUUUCUUAAAAAUACGCAGUUCAAUCGGAAGCUGUUGACUGAUAACAAUAAAUCCUCGACCCAGCUAAACGCAUAAAUUAUUUGCAUAAAAUGAUUCCAUCAAUAAUCUAACGUAACAUUUCAAUGAUAACGUCAAGUUGCAAGCAGUCAAAGAGCGGCCAUUGUCUGGGGUAAAGGGAAAUCGGUCAAAAAUUCAGUUAUAUAUAUAUAAUCCAGAUAUAUAUAUAUAUAAUUUUUGUAUUCAGCGACAUACAAGUCAGAGCGGGAUCACAAGUUUGCGUUAUCAAGUAGUGUAUUUCGUGACACACAAUACAAAGAGUAUAUUUUUAUGCCCUUGGAUUAGGUGUAAGCCCAUAAUCGGGUACUAUCGUUGAAUUUUAUCGCUUGUUCCACCAUCUUUCGCAUGGCUUCAUGCGCCUGCAAAGCAUGAAUUGCUAGGAAAAUGAUAGUAUUAACGUGUAAAUGACGAUCUUAUCACCAGUGGAUGAAUAUUGCCAAACUUUACUUCUGUUUGCACUAGAGCUCGAAAUUUGGCAAGGUUCAUCAGUGGCUGGUUUGGUGAUAGAUAUUCAUUUGCAAAAUACUUAUGUACGAAACAAAAAUGCCAGAGCAUAUGAAGAACAUUCAUUAACGUGCUUUUAUGGAUGCGUUGUUGGCGUACGCCAACCGUUUAUUCCGUGCAUAAUACGGGCACUGUUAUUCCAAAACAAACCCUCACCAACACAAUUAAUAUUGUAAAUACACUUAGACAGUAAGCAGGGAUUAUAAAAUAACAAUAUAAAUGUAAAAAAUA